AUGAGGAAUAACAGCCGUAUUUCCGCCUUUUCUCUCGAUCGCAAACCACGUACCUCACUUCUCGACACACCUUUCACGUCCAAAAUGACCUCCCAAGCUGCCGCGAUCCCCUCCAUCGCCACCCCGGCCGCUGCGCCCGCCGCUGUCGACCAGCAAGCCUCUAAGCCCAAGCCCUGCUGUGUGUGCAAGGAAGAGAAGGCCAAGCGCGACGAGUGCAUGCUCUUUUCCAACGCCGCCGACCCGUCCAAGGACUGCCUGUCCACGAUCGACCAGUACCGGGCCUGCAUGAAGGGGUUCGGCUUCACGGUGUAA